AUGAAGGACUACACCUCGGAGUUUGGCAGGUUAGAUGCCCAACAUAAUGGAGUCGCUGAAUACAUGGGCCCUCACAUCACGGAGGCGCCUAUCGGCUCUCCACAAAGGAUACUUGAGGUCGGCUCCGGGUCCGGGGCAUGGGCCAUACAGGCCGCAACGCAGUUCCCGAAGGCAGAGGUUGUGGCGAUUGAUAUAGUUCCUCUGCCAGACCGACCAAUGCCAGCCAAUAUCACGUAUCAAAAGGUUAACAUUGUUGACCAUAUCCCAUUCGAUUCCGAAACUUUCGACGUCGUCCACACGCGCUUUGUUCUUCUUCAUCUACCGCAUGCCCACGCGAUCAUACCUCGCCUCAUUGAACUCGUCAAACCGGGAGGUUACCUUCUCAUCGAGGACGUUGACUUAACCGGGGACUACAGUGGCUUUGGUCCGGGAAUGCGACGCUGCAUGACCUCCGCGUUUUUAGGAUACAUGCGCUCUCAAGGCCAGGAUCCAGCGUUUGGCUCACACAUUUGGGGAUGUCUGAAGAAAUCGAGCGCCUUCGAUAAGAUUCAGAUGGAUCACGCCAUGGUGCCUUUGAAUCCAGCUCAUGACGACCAGAGCGCGCUCGCGAAUCUUGGACGAACCAUGAAGGUCGGGCUUACAGGAAGUCUAACGAACGUACCGAGCACGGCAGCAUUCGCCGCGGUACACACUCCAGAGAUCCAGCAGGGCUGGAUGGAUGAGGUGAACGACUCGGAUUGGGAGUAUGCUUUUGGAUUCUAUGCAGUUUGGGCCCGAAAAUGCUCUAGGGCGAAGAGUCGUUCCUGA